GAUUUAAGGGUAGGACUUGUUUCCCUAGGAAUUCUGGGAAUUGUAGUUUCAGUUGAUCCAACAUUCCCCUCAGUCCUGCGGGCGGGACCGAAACUACAUUUCCUAGAAGCCCUUUCGUUCAGGGAUGCGAGGCUAACGGACAGCGCAGGCCUCGGCCCUGCUCCCACAGGGAAAGAAGCCCGGACUCCACUCGGCUUAAGAUCUAGGGACACUGAGUGACGAGGGCCCUCAGAACAGUGGCAGAGAUGACAAAUAAAUAAGAUGGUUCAGGAAGAUACCCAGCAGAGUAUAUGGUAUGAAGAGGCUGCUCAAAUAGGUGUGUCUGUUCAGUUGUUGAGAGUGGGGAUCAUGGAUGACGAUCAGUUAAUUGCAGAAACCCUGGAUCACUUUAUUAAUCACCGGGAAUCGAAAAAGGAACUAUCUGCGGACACUUGUCUUUCAAAAGAUGAUCAAGACACCAAGGAGAGAACACCUGGCCCAGAUGCUUCAGAAAACAGAGUUGCCUCAGACUUGAAUUCUCAGCCUCCGUGCCUUGAGAAUGAACAGCCUCAUAUGCCUUCUCUGGCCAAGACUUCAGAGGAAGAGCAGAAAUCGGUGCCCAGGAUUACACAUAGUGGUUUAGCUGUGACUACAGAGAAGUUUUGCAAAGGGUCAGAAAAGAAGAUAAUGAUUGAUAAAGGCAGGAGAGUUGGCAAUUCCACUGAAGGUGACCUAGAUCGGGCAGGAAAAGUGAAGGUAGACAAUUUCCUAGAUUUGGAAGAUUUUGACAUGGAUGAAGAAAUUGAUCCCAAGUCGAUUCCAGAGCUGCUACUGCUUCCAGGAGAGGUAGAAGAGGAAUACCAUUACUCUACCUCUAGCUACAUUCCUUCUUUUGACCAAUAUUCUCAAUCUGAAUCAAAGAGUCUUCCACCAACAGAACACCUGGUGUUUGGACAUUUCAAGGAGGUUUUCAAGAUGAUUUUCUUGCUGCAUUUCUCAUAUUUAUGUGAUAUCUUCUUGGAGUUAUGAAGAUGAACUAUAAGGUGUUUUGUAAUCAUAAGGAGCUGUAAUAAUGUAUCUGGGGAUGAAGUUCAGCCAUUCUCACUUGAUGAAGACUUUGACUACGACAACGUGAUCCUAACCCCCAAGUACUCUAAUGCAGAGAUGAAAACAUUUGAAGAAAUGUCCAACCAAAGUAAACCGAGCCCUGACCCGCAGGCCAAAGAAUCAAAUAAGUGAUUUGUAACGAUAUUUGUUUGUUUGUUUUUUCUCUUGUUCUUAUCAAGCAAUUUUAGAAUAAAAGGCAAACCAGCUGUUACACGUUAGGAACAUA